GCCACAAACGCUUGAACAGAGAGAAAGUAGCAAGUUAGACAUCUCAAGCCAUAGACGUGUGUGUGUAAAAAGGAAGGGGGAAAGUUACGAACCCCAUGAAUUGAGACAAGCAGACUAGGCCUGAUUGAACAGUAAAGGACAGGAGAAACGGGAGAGAGAGAGAGAGAGAGAGAGAGAGAGAGAGAGAGAGAGAGAGAGGGGGAGAGAAGAGAAAGAGUGGCUAGCCAACAUCGUCAUGAGGAGUCACGCUUCCGUCUCGUCCGUGGCCGUCCUGGCGUUGCUUGCCUGCGUGCGGGAGGCCGGGGCAGGCGUGGUGGAGGACUUCAACCACGUGCAGCGCUGCAAAAACUCUCUCUACAUGGGCACCCCGCCGAGAGGCUACCUGGCCGGCGCGCUGAAGAAGAUCUGCCAGCGCUACGAGGAGAAGCCCUGCUUCGUCACGCUCUACGACCCCCACAAACACAUCCCCGUGUACUCCGCCUACACCUUCAAGAAGACCGACGGGCAGAAGACAGUGGACUUUCCCUGGAUGUUUGAGCCGCAGCUGGCCUCAGAGAAGGGCAGCAACAACAUGGAGCCCUUCCCCCAGUCCGCACACAUGCACAUGAACUUCGAGGACAGCCAGGCGGUCCUGGAGGACUACGCGGACGUGGUCCAGUACGAGCGCAGCCACCUCAAUCCAGACGAGCACCAGGAUGACCUCGUGGACAAGGCCUCCACCUACACCCUCACCAACGUGGUGCCCCAGUUCAGGGAGUUCAGCAUAGGGCCCUGGGCCGAGCACCAGGACCUCAUCCGCAAACGUCUCAACAACUACUGUCGAGGACGGGCCUAUGUGGUCACGGGGGUCACAACCUCAGGGAACAUGAUCCGCCGAGAUAACAUGGACCGGGUGGCGGUGCCGGAGUACAUGUGGUCGGCCUACUGCUGCACGGAGUACGACCUAAACGCGCCCUACUUCCUUCGGUACAAGUUCCCCGUGUUCGGAGCGUACGGGCUAAACGACCGUGUCAAUAACCACAUGGUGGAAGUUCCCCUCAAGAACCUGGAGAAGUUCCUCAAAGGUCGCAUGGACGUGGACAAGAACUUCCAGAUCUUCUACAACGACUGUGUGCCUGACCUUUAAGUUGUGUGCCCAUAUGGGGCCCAUAUACUUAAACAUAAAAUGCACAUAUUCUUUGUGUAAAAUGCUGUUACAUCAUGCAAUUAAAA